AUGGCUCCGCGGGUCUCCAGCCUCCUCCUGGCAGCAGCUGUGGCGCUGAUGGUGCUGAGCAGCCCGGGGGCCCAGGGCACAGACUCCCCAAAGCAGCCCAAAGUGGCCGUCUACCUGACUAAGACAGAGGCCCUCAACCACCACAACCUGCUGGUCUGCUCGGUGACAGAUUUCUACCCAGCCCGGAUCAAAGUGCGCUGGUUCCGGAAUGGCCAGGAGGAGACGGUGGGGGUCGUGUCCACGAAGGUUAUUCAGAACGGGGACUGGACCUACCAGGUCCUGGUCAUGCUGGAGAUGACCCCUCAGCGGGGAGACGUCUACACCUGCCAUGUGGAGCACCCCAGCCUGCAGAGCCCGGUCUCUGUGGAGUGGAGCGCACAGUCCGAGUCUGCCCAGAGCAAGAUGCUGAGCGGCAUCGGGGGCUUCGUGCUGGGGCUGAUCUUCCUCGGGCUGGGGCUGUUCAUCCGUCACAGGAGCCAGAAGGGUGAGGACUCUGGGGAAACUGGGGUGGACCUCGUGGGCCUCCUCCAGCAGGGCUCCUACAGUGAUUCACGAGAGUGUUUGAUGAAGUUGGCUGUUGCACUGUAA